GUGUACAAAAAAAGAAACAGAGUAUGAUGGCUAUCUCACAGAACAUUUUAUUCAUACAUUCGUCAGUGUUCUACAGCGACAAACAAAUACCCGAGUCGAUUCAGUGUGGCGUUCGCUCGCAAACACAUACUCACGAAAAAUACCGUAUACACUUCCUUUCCACUUACAUGCCAUUUUAUUCGAUAUACAAAGCGAUUCUAUUUUAGUCAUACGUAGUUACCCAAAGCAGCAAGAUUGAUUUGAAAAGCUCAAAUUUUUCUGCGUGAAAUAUCUUUAUGUGACCCAGACACUUUUUUUCUCUGAUGUUGUUAUUUUAUUAUAUUACCUAUAGACUUUUUCAAUAGAACAGACGGAAAAAUACGUCGAGAAAAAUAUCUAGGCAUUUAUUUAAAACAGUUUAAAAUGCAAUUAUAUUGAAAAAAAAAAUUAUAAAAAACUAUGAAAAUUUUAAAAUUAUAAAAAAGUGGAAAUUUACUGUACACAAAGUUGAAAUUCUAAGUAUCACCGCUUUAUUUGGAUCAUAUCAGUACGGAGUUCAUUGUAUCAAAAGUCAACAAAUUGAAGAUAAGGCACUAUCUCUGCGUUUCAAAGGUAUACGUGCCCCAUACACAACAUGAAAAAAACUUAAAUAAAUAUUUUCAAUACUAGUACAUCAAAAGUACAUUCAUAAUAUUAAAAUAAAUACAAAAAACACGUAAAUAAAAGCUAAAAAGCAAUAAAUACAUAAAGUGUAACAUUUUGAAAAUUUUACUCCAUGCAAUUAAAAAAAGAAAAAAACACCAUUCAAGUAAUAAAUUCAUAGAUGAGGCGAAAAAUAAAACAGACGAGACAAGUGUUUGUGACAACAUUUAAUACAUAAAUAAAUAUAGAACGGUGUCAAACACAUGUGUGAAUAAAAAAUAUCGUCGACAGCAACCACUUUCAUAUUAAAUGUAACAGAGAUAGAAUAAUAUUUGUAGUAAAUAUUAAAUGCAUUGAAUUUGGACCACGUUUUUCUAUACAUUGACAAUUAUUAUUAUCAAGUGUGUAAAUGUCUUAUCUGUAAAAAUUAUUAGAAAAAAAAAUAAAAGAUUAUUUUUUUGGAAACACAACUAAAUAAAUACAUCGAAGCAGCUAAAACACAAUUUUCAAAAUGGAAAACUACUGGGAACAGAAUGGACAUCCGCAACAUCCGGUAAAAUUCGAAAAUGAGGCUUCUGUCAAUUUCCCUUACGGUCCCGAGCCAGGAUUAAAUUUUUCCACAACUGGCACAAACUACAGUGAAGAUGAUGCAGAUUACGCUCCUGGGCGUCGUGGAAAGACAUCUAGACAAGACCCAUUAUCACAUCGCAUAAUUGAGAAGCGGAGACGGGAUAGAAUGAACUCUUGUCUUGCGGAUCUUUCGCGUCUCAUACCACCACAGUACAUGCGAAAAGGACGCGGACGCGUGGAAAAAACUGAAAUUAUCGAGAUGGCCAUCAAACAUUUGCGUCACUUGCAGAAUCAGGAAAGCAUGAAACGCGAAUCUAUUUGUGCAGAGCACUACCGUACUGGAUACCAAGAUUGCAUGACUGAGGCUGCUAAAUUUUUAGUCGAUGAGAAUUAUAGAGAAUUAUGUUAUCGCAUGAUGACACGUUUGAAUGAUGUUAAACGGAAUGACAUAUUGAAAGGCGAAUGCAACAACAAAGCACGCGAGUUAAUCAUACCCACUGGAGAUGCAAGUCCGAGUAACCCAUGCAAUUAUGAAGCAUCUUCGCAACUUCGAGACAUCCUCACGUCGGCAUCUGACAUUGAACACAGUAGUAACGAUCAUUUGGACGUCAAGGAUCUCAGUUUCCGAACUGGAGCUCCCUCUCAGACAGUAACUACUUCAAAUGCGGCUCCUAGUACCGAAAUGAAUGGAAUCGCGUGUGACCGACGACCAUCGUUCAAACAGAAUAACGAAUCAGCAAUGGAAACCGAUUUGCGUACAAUGCGUAUGCGUAAAUUUUCUGAGACAUCCACCACCGCCAUCGUCGAUCACGAACACAACCACAACAGCUACAAAUUCAAAAACUACAUCAAACAACGAUUCUCACAGGAUAAUCAUUUGGAGGACAAGGUUGGAAGUAGCAGCGUCAGUAAUGCCAGUAGCACGGAUAAAAGUGAAAAUUUGAGUAAAAAACGACGAAACGAUACGAGUGCCAGUGGCGAUGAUCAUGAUGACGAAAAAUUACUGCACAACGGUCAUGCGUCUGCGUCAGAGUUCAAAGUGGAUUUGAGUGGCAGUGGAAGCGUGACAAAUGGUCGACAUCCCAUAACAUCAGUUAGCGUACCGAUUUUUGCAUUGCACAUCAACGGCUACUACAUCCCAUUGAAUGUCGAGUACAACGCACUAGUUCCGUAUCUUGGGGACGCCGAUUUGCUCAACAAAAGCUGCAACAUCCAGCUACCUUUGCAUCCCGUCAACAUCAACGUCAAUUUCUCACCUGCUUACUCGGGUGCUGCUUACUCCAUGCCCAUGCCACGUUGUCAAUUUAGGAGGCCAAAAGUCGAAAAUGGCUGGUAAAACGUGAAAUUUAGGAAAAAAACACUUAAACACGAAUCAGAUUAGUCAAUUCUAUUAAGGUUAAAGAAAAAAUUAUAUAAACAAAAAAUAUCAGAAUUGUGCCAGAAAGUAACACAUAUUGAAAAACGCUCAAUUCAAUGAUACCUCAAAAGGCUUACAGAUACAUAGAUAUAUUUUGUAUAUGUUAAAAGUGUCUAAUAAUUGCUCUCACCUUGUAUCAUCCCUAAAUCUUAUGUAGAUCAUGAAAACUCUAUAAAGUAUUUUAUAUCGAAAGUAAAAAAUUGACCAACUGUCUCAGGUACUAAAAGAAACAAAAACAUAGUUUUAUAAAAAAAUAAAUAUUUUAUAUUUUAAUCAACAUAGAAAAUAUAUAAUAUAAUUUUAUACUGAAACAGUGCGAAAAAAUAUUUUUAAAUUUAGAAAAAUGCACAAGAAAGUGCGAUUCUUUUGAAUAUUUCAAUUCAAGAUUUUCUUGUAAAUAAAUAUUUACUAAGCAGAUUAAAAAAAAAGAUACAAAUAACCCAUAAUAAUUAAUUGUAAACGAAGGAUGUAUGUUGAAGUCAAAGUUAUAUGCUGAAAAGUACAUCAAAUGUAUUUUUGUGGUACCGUCUGUGAUAUGUUUAAUGAGUUUCAGAGAAAACAAUGUAAAUGUCUGUAAAUAUGAACUAAGUUUUAAGAAAAUGAGAUGUUUUUCAAAAAAUAUUCCUCGUUUAACGAAGAACAAUAUACCUACCUAUUGACAAAAGAAAAAAAAGAAUAAAUAAAAGAUG